AUGGAAAUCAAAGCCAAGGUCCCAAGAACAAAUGAAUCCGAUUCACCUCAAACUGUUUUCUCAAUUGACGAUCUCCUGAUAGCGAUUUUCCUUCGCCUCCCCAUAAAGACACUCAACCAAUUAAAACUAGUUUCAAAGCAGUGGCAUCGUGUCAUCUGCAAUCCAAGAUUCAGUAUCCAGCGCAAUCCCGUUCCCAAUCCGGCCGCCGGGAUCUUCCUGCAGUGUUUGCACUACGUGGCCCGUCUUCGGAUAGAAUAUGUCCCCUUCACGGGCCUGGGAGCGACCAAGCCACAGUUAAGGAUACUGAAGUUCGUCAAGGACCCAUCAGGCCUCAGGAUCCUUCACUCUUGCAAUGGCCUCUUACUCUGUUCAAGCUUCAGGACUUCUCAUCACAAUCGCAAGUACUACGUUCACAAUCCCACCACCAAUAAGUUUGUCCUACUUCCCAAACCAGAAUUGGGAGGCGGGAUAUGUGGGAUGAGCUUGGCUUUUGAUCCAAUCAACUCUCCUCAUUACAAAGUUAUUUGCGUCCGAUCGGAAUCGAGUACCACGGGCUGCCAGUUGGAGGUUUAUUCAUCGGAAACGGGCUCUUGGAGAAAUCACGGGCCGACCCCACAAGCCCGGGUGGAUUACGAAAAUGGGGUGUAUUGGAAUGGAGCCAUUCACUGGACUAGCGAUGGAACUAGAAAUGAUUCACUAUAUUUCAAUGUUGAUAAUCAGUUGUUCGGGACAAUGCCAAUCCCUCCUGCUGGGUGGCAUUACGUGUACAAUUAUUAUUUCGGAGAGUCUAGUGGACACCUGCACUAUUAUUUCGGAGAGUCUUGUGGACACCUGCACUAUAUCAAGGCGAAGGGGAAAUUGCAAUUCAGGGUUUACGAGAUGAGGAGGGACUAUUCCGAGUGGUUUGUGAAGUACGAGGUCAAUCUUUUGCCUCUUUUAAAGGCUUAUACAAGUAUGAAGCCGGUUUAUGUUAGCCCAAUGGGUUCCCCUCGGUACGCCUUUUCUUUACUUUGUUUAGUUCGAGGUGAGAAGGAGGAAGGUUCAUUCUUGGUUGUGGAGAUUCCUGGAAAAGCCAUUCGGUAUAAUCUUGUUUGUCGGACUUUCGAAAUGUUGAGCGAGUUCGCGGGUGUUAAUUCACCAGGUCGUUUGAGUCGAGCCGCACACGAACACCACACAAAGAGAACCCGAACACCGACGCACCAACAACCCGAAGAACUCCAGGGGCUGGGGCCUGACCCGAACGACCGACGACCUUUUCGUGGCCAGGGAGAUGGCGAAUCUGCAUGCCCCAAUCCAAGCCAUACACCCAUGAGGCCACGAAAACAGCGGGAAGAAGGACCACCAGCCCCGACUCGGUGGAAGCCGGCCCCGACGACGCGGAUAUAG